CCUUCCUCCUUCCGGUUCACUCUUUUAGCUCUCCUUUUAGCAAUGGCUCUCUACGAAGAACCGGUCGAGUUUCAAUUUCCGGUUUUCGAGGAAACCGGGUUCGCCACAGAUGAACUCCGAGAACUCUUGUCUCUAGAUCUCAUUCAAUCCGGAGACUCUGUGUCUGUGUGUCCAACCUCCGGUUCGGAGGGCUCCAGCCGGGCGGUUUACACUGAUAAUGAGAAGAAGCUCAGGCGCAUGAAAUCGAACCGGGAAUCAGCCCGUCGGUCCCGGUGGCGAAAGAAGAGGUAUCUAGAGGACCUCAAGGACCAAGUGAACCGGUUCAGAACGGAAAACGACGAGCUGAAGAACCAGUUGGGCUCGGCUUUUCAUCACUGUCACGUAGUACGGAUGCAUAAUGAGUUGUUAAGAUCCGAAUCCAUAGCUCUCAGGGCUAGACUUUCGGAUCUAUCCAUGAUCAUUUCAUUCACCAUGCAAUCGCAAUGAGCCUUGAAGCCGUCAAGAAACUAAACUAUUUCGAACCCUAAUAAACUUCUGAAUGCCACACAUUGGCUGCUCACUCAAAACAUCAGCUUUUGCUUUCGAGGAAAACAAGGUGGCUGUUUUAAUUAUGAAACCCCAUGUUGUUGGACGACGUAAAGAUUUGACGGUCUGCUUUUUAGUUUGUCGGAGACGUCCUUUUUUUUUUUUAAAGUUAUUUAGUGGUAAAGUCAGGGCCACUGAUGAUAUGUAGAAAGCUCAAGGCCGGGGUAAUUACUAAUUAAUUAGCAUCAUAUUUCUGUAGUCUAGUGCAGCCAAGCUAGCGCGCACCGAUGUAAAUAUAUAUUUCUUGGACAAUCAGUGCCAUAUAUGCUUGUUUCUUCAUCAUUAAUUACUGCCAUGAUUACAUAA